AUGCCUCGACGAAAGAACCAAUUAGCCCACCGGGACCUCCCAAUCCAUGCCCUCCCGGCACGAUUACCAGGUCGUAUGCAGAGAAAAACGGAGGUUAUAUUCCCAAAAAACAUGAUUGGUUUUCAUAAUGCCGGCGGAAAAUGGGGAUUCUUGUCCAACUUCCACAAAUCACCCUUGAGGGACAAUCUCGGUCGCACUUGCUAUUUCCAGGCCGGCAAGACACAUCUUUCUCAAGACCCCGCCCUAUUUGAGAAAUUCUUAAAUGCACGUGAGCCUCAGGAGGCAAAAAAUCUUGGCAACAAAGUCCAAAUCGAUGUUGUAGAAUGGGACAAGAUCUGGCAACGUGUGAUGUUUGAUUGUCUUUGGUACAAGGUUCUUUCCAAUCCAAAGUUCAGGCUGGAACUAUUACAUACUGCCGACUGUCUGAUUGUGGAGAUGCGCGCUGACAAUGUUUGGGGUUCCGGCUUGAACAUGGGUCAAAGUGCUGCAACACCGGUCAAACUUUGGCCAGGAAAGAACCGACUCGGCGAGUUAUGGAUGUGUGUUCGAGAAAUUCUCAUGAUUUUGAAAGGAAGAGGCGUCGACUUGGAAGCAAUGAAGCCCGAAAAUUUUGUCUCACAAAAGUCAGUGAAAGCUUCAAGUAAAAUUAAGGAUUCAGAUGUCUUGAGUGACUCGCUGGGUAAUGGGAACGUUGUGGGUGUUGGCAUUGAAGAGGGAGAAGACCAAGAUGAGGAUGAGACAAACGGCGACAAAGAUAUCGUAGUGUCUGGAGCACUCAUUAUCGAUCAUGCCACGACUGGUGUGGGAAACAGUGGAAUGAGAUCCAAUUCACUAUCGGCUGCGUACCCAUUGAUGAACCGUAAGAGAAAAGGGGAUGAAUUGCAGUCUUUAACUGAGAAAGUUGUGAAGAGAUUGCGUGUUACUGAUAACAAAGCCACUGCUAUCUUUAACGAAGAUGUCGUCACUUCAACAAAAGCUCAACCUAUGCCAGAAAAUUGCGCUGCUUGUGAUGAGAAAGAAGGAAACGGGAUAUCAGUUUUGAACAGUCAUCCAGCUAAUGUCUCGAACUGUUUUCUUUCAAACAAGGUGAAGACAGAGCACUGUAGUCUUCAAUGGGGGGCUUGGUAG